UAUAGCCCAGCUGCAGCUGGCGGUCAGCACAGACAUGGCAGUAGCCCAGGAGCUGUAUGGCGUCCCAGCCUCCAAGCUGGACUCCUUUGUAGCUCAGUGGCUGCAGCCAACCAGAGAAUGGAAACAAGAGAUCCUGGAGACUGUGCAGACGGUGGAGCAGUUCCUGAGGCAGGAGAACUUCCAGGGAGAUCGUGGCCUGGCCCGGGAUGUGCGAGUGCUCAAGGUGUUCAAGGUAGGCUCCUUUGGGAAUGGCACAGUGCUCAGGAGUACCACGGAUGUGGAGCUGGUGGUGUUCCUGAGCUGCUUCCACAGCUUCCAGGAAGAGGCCAAACACCACCAAGGUGUUCUGAGACAGAUACAGAAAAGGAUGUCUUACUGCCGGGACCUGCUAGACCUUGGGCUCAGUAACCUGGGCGUGACUGACGGAGUACCCAGUAGUCUCAUCUUCACGAUCCAGACCAGGGAGACCUGGGAGCCCAUCACUGUCACCAUUGUGCCUGCCUACAGAGCCCUGGGCCCUUCCUGUCCCAACUCCGAGGUCUAUGUAGAUCUGAUCAAGGCUAAUGGGUACCCAGGAAGUUUCUCUCCAUCGUUCAGCGAGCUGCAGAGAAACUUCGUGAAGCAUCGACCUACGAAGCUGAAGAGCCUCCUACGGUUGGUCAAACACUGGUACCAGCAGUAUGUGAGAAACAAGAGCCCCCGGGCCAACCUGCCCCCUCUCUAUGCCCUGGAGCUGCUAACUGUCUACGCAUGGGAAGCAGGCACCCAGGAGGAUGCAAACUUCAGGCUGGAUGAAGGCCUCACCACUGUGAUGGAGUUGCUCCAGGAUCAUGAGCUCAUCUGCAUUUACUGGACCAAGUACUACACGCUGCAGCACCCAGUCAUCGAGGCCUGUAUCAGGAGACAGCUCAGGGGAGAAAGGCCCAUCAUCCUGGACCCAGCAGACCCCACCCACAAUGUGGCAGGAGGCUACAGAUGGGAUAUAGUUGCUCAACGGGCCAACCAGUGUCUCAAACAGGACUGUUGCUAUGACAACAGGGACAGCCCCGUCCCCAGCUGGACUGUAAAGAGAGCGCCCAAUAUCCAGGUGACCGUGCAGCAGUGGGGUCACUCCGAUUUAAUCCUCUGGGUGAACCCUUAUGAACCCAUAAAGAAACUGAAAGAGAAAAUCCGACAGAGCAGGGGCUACUCUGGCCUGCAACGCCUGUCCUUUCAGGAGCCUGGCGGCCAACGUCAGCUCAUCAGAAGCCACUGCUCGCUUGCCUACUAUGGAAUCUUCUGCGACACCCACAUCUGCCUGCUGGACACCAUCUCCCCUGAGAUCCAGGUCUUUGUGAAAAACCCGGAUGGUGGGAGCCAUGCCUAUGCGAUCCACCCACUUGACUUCGUUCUGAACCUGAAGCAGCAGAUCGAAGACAGGCAGGGCCUUCGAAGUCAGGAGCAGCAACUGGAGUUCCAGGGCCAUGUCCUGGAGGACUGGUUCGACUUUAAGUCCUAUGGCAUCCAAGACAGUGUCACGAUCAUCCUGUCCAAGAAGAGGGAGGGGACAGCCCCAUUUGCGCCCAGCUAGCUUCCUCUGUUGACGGCUCUGCCUUUUUGCUAUUUCAUCCUGUACUCAGCGUAGUCGUCUCUCCUUCCAGUCCUCUGCCAGGAUGGUCCGCGUCUUCCUCUCCUUCCGGUCCUUGGGCCGGAUGGUUCACAUCUUUGGUACCCUGCCAGCGAGGAGCCAAAGAGGAUGUGAGAAGUCGUGUUCAGCCAGACACUAGCCAGACACUCUUGUGUGACAAUGGAAUUCUGCAGUCCCCUGGGAAGUCACACCAGGACCUCUGCCGUCCUCCAUCCUCGUGGCCAUGCUGUCAAGACUGGCUCAGUGAAUGGCUGCCUCACAAACUAUUCUCGCUUGUUCAGAGGAAGCCAAAUGGCCUUCCUAACCAAUCACACGGACGCUGCUUCAGGUUGUCCCACCUCCAAAUUCUCCCCACCAGCAACCUCCAUCAAGGCCGCUCUGAAGCCUUCCCCUGUGCCCCCAACCACUUCAGCCUGCCUCCGACUAGCCAAGGCAAGGUGGGGCAUCAAGUUCCUUUCCAAUGGAGAAUAAACAGCCUUUGUUUCUUC